AUGUCGACCGUGCUUCGCCACUGGCUUGUUUGGGCCUGGCUGAUACAGACCAGCGAUGGCAAUGUGCCACUGCCGUGGAAACCUACCUGGAACGUUUCCUUGCUAAAGGGUAGCAGGUAUGGUUUCAGAGGUGAUGCCCGAUGUUUCCGUAGGCAUCUGAUCCGACAAUGGUCUGAACUGUCGAACACCGAAGUGAAGAUCGAACGGCGGACGAGCUGGCUCUUCCGGGAUGUUUGCUGCUCGCUUGGUCGGACAUCCCCGUGUUGGUAUGGUGAGCUGACCUUCCAGCGGUGCUGCACGAAGGCACCUGCUCUGCCGCCGGGCGGAUUCGGCUUGCCGCCUUGGGACGUUUGGGAUUUUCGAAAGGAGUCUGCGUGCUGGCCAUCUCCGAUAAUCACGGCGUCAUGCUGCAGCUUGACUCUCCCACAAAUGUGCGCUUCCGACGCUUGGGGCAAAGACCCAUGGAAGCUCAUGAAAAGCUGCUGCAAGAAGCAGAGCUUGGAUGGCAAGAGGCAUCUUUUGCCAGAGCCUCUCCUGAAGGGCUGUCAUCAGAGGCUGUACUAUGAGGAGUCAUUCAUACAGCUCCAGGGCCAUUGCCUUGGAGUGCCCCGGUUGCGGCCAGAUCAGCUGGGCAGCUUAGUGGCUUACUAUCACCGCACUGGGGAUGCAUUGCCCAGCAUGCUGGAGAUCCAAACAGGCUUGAACAAUCGAAAAGUAAAUGGCCUGGAGUUGUGCCCUCCAUCCAUGAUGCUCGCUCGACUCCUCCAGAUCGAGAGAGACAGCAUCUUCACUCCCCCCAAGCUCACCUUGUCAGCUUUAGCCAGUGUAAAAGACUUCUGGCGAAGCCUCGAGGGCUACGUCAAAGUGGCACCAGCAGCGAACUGGAGCCUCCCCGAGCCUCUUGCGGGGUCCCGGGGUAGUAACUGGCUGAAUGUAACGAGCAGCAGCAUCCGGGAAAGCUUCCUGCGCAUCGACUCGCAGGCAAGGGAACUGGCAUCUCUGGCCACUCGCAGAAAGAGACGAGGAUUCUACGUGAACCUCGUGCUGCCUGUAUGUGGUGAUCAUGACAUGACGUACCUAGACACGAUGGAGCGUUCCGUUCUACAGGAAACCCGGCCGUUGAAGGAUGUGAUCGAUCUCUACAUCUACGACGUUUGCUUCCGAUUCUUUGAAUCCGCUGCCUACGGCAUGGAAAAUGAUGUAGAGGUAGAGCUAGACCUUCGCACCGGUUCAGAAGUGCCGGGUUCUGCCUUUGCCCUCCGGGUCCUCCCGGAAUCGCUUCUGCGAGUGGCCCGACACUUCCGUCGAACUCUCCUGGUGCCAUUUUUCGAAGAGCUGCCUACAGGCGAAGUCGCGCCGAACUUGCACCAUGUUUGGAGGCACUACGACGAUCUCCCAGAUUUCAUGAUGAUCCUCCAUCCGGACGGCUAUGAGCACAUCGAGAUCUUUGCCCUCGUGUCAGUGCUCAACUCCCUAGCGCUGAGGCUGUAUCCCGACGUCGGCUUCUUGCACUUGGGUCGUCGCUUCAAUGGCCCAGUCGACGCGUCAGGACGACGCGUCGGUUCUGAGAUUCAGAGCUAUUGCCGGAUGCGUCCGCCAAAGGACGACUCGUUUACGGCAAGAAAGCGCUCCGUUUUCCGAGGGGAUUCUUUCCUGGAGCGUCACACGACGAGGUGGCCGUCGGGUCCAUACUGUCAAUGGGUCGAGCACGCCUGGGAACUCCUUUUUGACCGACCUCCGCAACUUCCGGAAGACGAUUAUGGGGGCUAUGACUUUGCCCAGUACAUCGCAAGCCGGAAAGCUGCGCAGAGCAGAACGAAGGGGUUUUGGCAAAAUGCCUGGCGCUCUCUUUGCAGCAAAAGCAACUAUCAGCUGCUACUUGGAACGAAGUUUGUUUCUUGGAGGGAGCUCGCUUCCUCAGAAGGAGCACGGUCAGCUUAUUCCUUCCAUAAGGGGCUGACCACGGCUUUUGAGCAUCUCUACCAUGUGAUCUUCAAUCCGGGAGCAAAGACCCUGGGCUUUGGAGUACCAUACUUUAAUACUUUUCUCUUAAAGGAAGCAUUCUGA